AUGGAUAAUUUGUUUCGCUUCCUUGAUCCCCAAGACUUGUCUUCCCGCCGAUGUGUUUGGGUCAAUGGUCCUGUGAUUGUCGGAGCCGGACCAUCUGGUCUCGCCACAGCCGCGUGUCUCAGAGAACAAGGCGUUCCCUCCAUGGUUCUCGAAAAAGCUGAUUGCAUCGCCUCUCUCUGGCAACACAGAACCUACGACAGAUUGAAGCUUCAUCUUCCUAAGCAAUUCUGUCAACUUCCUAAACUUCCAUUUCCUGAGCACUACCCUGAGUACCCCACUAAGAGGCAGUUCAUCGACUACCUCGAAUCUUAUGCCAAGCACUUCGAUAUCAACCCUCGAUUCAAUGAGUGUGUUCAGUCCGCUAGGUACGAUGAGACCAGCGGCUUGUGGAGGGUCAAGACUGUUUCCUCCAACGGCGAGAUGGAAUAUAUUUGCCGUUGGCUGGUGGUGGCCACCGGUGAGAAUGCCGAGCGUGUCGUGCCUGACAUUGAAGGGUUGGGGGAAUUCAAAGGCGAAAUCGUUCACGCUUCUGAGUACAAGUCGGGGGAGAGUUUCAGGGGAAAGAAAGUGCUCGUUGUCGGGUGUGGCAAUUCUGGCAUGGAGCUCUCACUUGACCUCUGCAACCACAGUGCUUCUCCAUCAAUGGUUGUUCGUAGCUCGGUUCAUGUACUGCCCAGAGAAAUCUUUGGCAAAUCUACGUUCGAAUUGGCUGUUUUCAUGAUGCAAUGGCUACCCCUUUGGCUCGUGGACAAGAUCCUAGUGAUCUUGGCAUGGUUGGUGCUGGGUAACAUGGAGAAAUACGGGCUUAAAAGGCCAUCCAUGGGUCCAUUGGAGCUAAAGAACACCCAGGGCAAAACCCCUGUUUUGGACAUCGGCGCUCUGGAGAAAAUAAGAUCCGGAGACAUUAAGGUUGUGCCAGGAAUCAAGAGGUUCAACAAUAACGAGGUUGAACUCUACAAUGGGGAAAAGCUUGACAUUGAUGCAGUGGUGCUUGCCACAGGAUAUCGCAGCAGUGUUCCUUAUUGGCUGCAGGAAGGUGAAUUUUUCUCAAAGAAUGGAUACCCAAAGAGACCAUUUCCUCAUGGGUGGAAAGGAAAUGCUGGGCUUUAUGCAGUUGGGUUUACAAGGAGAGGGCUAUCCGGAGCUUCAUCUGAUGCUGUGAAAAUUGCUCAAGAUAUUGGCAAUGUCUGGAAACAAGAGAUAAAGCAAGUGAAGCAGCGUACAACUGCCCGCCAUAGACGAUGCAUUUCAUGCAUCUCCCAGUUCUAAGUCAACAAAACGUGAAGCCAAUUCAAUUUACUCCUCACAGUGUUGUGUUUCGUAGUCAGGAAUUUGUUACUGUAUAAACAAAUAACAGCAUCUCACAAAACAAAGAAAUAAAAAAUAUACUCAUAUAAAAGCGGACAGCAGAGCCCUCUCCCAAGGCCCAGGUUUUUGUUUGGGCGUUUUUUAACACCAGGAUGAUGAGGCUUCUUUUUUUAGGCUUUUUAAAGUUGUUUUCCUCC